UUAUUUGAAGAUUUGAAGGGUCUUUUCAUUACUUUGCAAAGAUGAAGACUGUACUUAUGGUGGCAGAGAAGCCAUCUCUGGCUCAGUCUAUAGCAAAAAUCCUUUCAAGAGGAAAUAUGUCCUCUCGCAAAGGGCUCAAUGGAGCUUGCUCAGUGCAUGAGUACACAGGAUCAUUCUUAGGACAAAGUGCCCGUUUCAAGAUGACGUCAGUGUGCGGCCAUGUGAUGACACUGGAUUUUAUAGGCAAGUACAACAACUGGGAUAAAGUCGACCCGGCUGAACUUUUUAGCAAAGCGCCUACAGAAAAGAAAGAAGCUAAUCCCAAACUGAACAUGGUGAAGUUUUUACAGGUGGAGGGAAGAGGCUGUGACUACAUCGUUCUGUGGCUAGAUUGUGACAAGGAAGGUGAAAACAUCUGCUUUGAGGUUCUGGAUGCCACCGCUCCUGUGAUGAAUAAACCCCGUGUCAACGAAAGGACUGUAUACAGAACUAAGUUCAGCUCCAUUACAGACACAGAUAUUUGCAACGCCAUGAACCACUUGGGAGAGCCCAACCACAAUGAGGCUCUGUCGGUAGAUGCCCGUCAGGAGCUGGAUCUGAGGAUUGGCUGUGCAUUUACAAGGUUUCAGACCAAAUACUUCCAAGGGAAAUAUGGCAAUUUGGACAGCUCACUAAUAUCCUUUGGGCCUUGCCAGACUCCAACACUGGGCUUUUGUGUAGAACGGCAUGAUAAAAUCCAGUCAUUCAAGCCUGAAACCUACUGGGUGUUGCAAGCCAAAGUUAAUAAUGAAAAAGAAAGUUGUCUGACUCUGGAGUGGGACAGAGUGAGGGUAUUUGACAGAGAGAUUGCUCAGAUGUUCCUAAACAUAACAAAGGUAGCAAAGGAAGCCAAGGUAGAAUCUGUGAACAGAAAGGAGAAGGCUAAGCAAAGACCUCUGGCUCUGAACACUGUCGAAAUGUUAAGAGUUGCCAGCUCAGCUUUGGGGAUGGGGCCACAGCAUACUAUGCAAAUAGCUGAACGGCUUUAUACCCAAGGUUAUAUUAGCUACCCUCGGACAGAAACUACCCACUAUCCAGAAAACUUUGAUUUGAAGGGCUCUUUGCGACAACAGGCUAAUAACCCUUAUUGGGCAGAAACGGUAAAAGCAUUACUGUCAGAAGGUAUUAACAAACCUAGGAAGGGCCAUGAUGCUGGUGACCAUCCCCCAAUCACUCCAAUGAGAGCUGCUUCAGAAGUGGAACUAGGUGGUGACGGAUGGAGACUAUACGAAUACAUCACGAGACAUUUCAUUGCCACUGUCAGUGCUGACUGUAAAUACCUCCAAACGACCAUUGCUUGCAGCAUUGGUCCUGAAUGUUUCACCUGCAUAGGAAAGACUGUUAUUUCAGCAGGUUUCACAGAGAUCAUGCCCUGGCAGAGCAUUCCCCCAGAAGAAAGUCUUCCCAGCUGUGACAGAGGAGAUACUUUCCCCAUCAGUGAAGUAAAGUUGUUAGAAAAACAGACCAAUCCUCCUGAUUAUCUGACUGAAGCGGAGUUGAUCACCCUGAUGGAGAAACAUGGCAUUGGAACGGAUGCCAGCAUCCCCGUUCAUAUCAACAACAUCUGCCAGCGCAACUAUGUCACUGUGGAAAGCGGCCGCAGACUGAAACCUACCAACCUGGGUAUUGUUCUGGUCCAUGGCUACUACAAAAUAGAUGCUGAGCUGGUGCUUCCUACAAUCCGCAGCGCAGUGGAGAAGCAGCUUAAUCUGAUUGCUCUGGGUAAAGCAAAUUACCACCAGGUCCUGGAGCACACCCUGGACAUCUUCAAAAGGAAGUUUCACUACUUUGUGGAUUCAAUCGCUGGUAUGGAUGAAUUGAUGGAAGUGUCUUUUUCGCCACUUGCUGCCACCGGCAAACCCCUCUCCCGCUGUGGAAAGUGUCAUCGUUUUAUGAAGUACAUCCAGGCCAAGCCAAGCCGCUUGCAUUGUUCUCACUGUGACGAGACAUACAGCCUUCCCCAGAAUGGUACCAUCAAACUCUACAAAGAAUUGCGAUGUCCCCUGGAUGACUUUGAACUCGUGCUGUGGUCCUCUGGAUCGAGAGGGAAGAGUUACCCACUGUGUCCUUACUGUUACAACCACCCCCCUUUCAGGGACAUGAAAAAAGGAAUGGGCUGUAACGAGUGCACCCACCCCACGUGCCAGCACUCGCUGAACAUGCUUGGAAUUGGGCAGUGCGUGGAAUGUGAGAAUGGGGUCCUGGUGCUCGACCCAACCUCUGGGCCCAAGUGGAAGAUGGCCUGCAACAAAUGCAACGUGAUUGUACACUUCUUUGAAAACGCCCACAAGGUCCGAGUGUCGGCGGAGACCUGUGAGUCAUGUGAUGCUGCCCUGGUGGACGUGGAUUUUAACAAAGCCAAGUCUCCCCUCCCCGGGAAUGAGACACAGCAUUCCGGGUGCGUGUUCUGUGACCCCGUCUUCCAAGACCUGGUGGAACUGAAGCACGCAGCAAUGAAGCAUCCUAUGCACCGGGGAGGACAGGGGAAAAGGCAAGGCCGAGGAAGGGGGAAAGGCAGGAGGCCCGGAGGAAGGCCCAACCCAAAGAGGCCAAAAGACAAAAUGGCUGCCCUGGCUGCUUAUUUUGUGUAACAGUAUCUAAUAAACAAUAAAACUUCAUACAAA